AUGUCAAAAUAUUCGCUUUCUGAACCAGCUACUAUUUUUACAACGGACGGCGAAUUUGAGUUCAACCCUAGCAGCUUGAACUUUGAAAACUAUCUUUCAUCGCCUGCAAGUGAAGAAGCCGAAGCAACAACUUCCUCUGAGGCUACUCCAACUUCUCCCCGAACCUCCUCUCCACAAGAUACAUCUACCUCUCCAACAAGCAUUUCUCCAAACCAGCCUUCAAGGAAUUCGAAACAAAAUUUUUUAUCUUUGUUUAAAAAGAAAGAUACUUCGAACAGUAUAAAUACCAACCCUACAACCAGACCCAUCACUGCACUACCUCAACAAUCACUGGUCAAUGCAAAUUCUCUCGCGCAUGAUUGUAAUUUGGACACUACAGAAAAUACUGUGCAAAAUAUAGAUGAUUUAGAGACUAAUCAUAAAGUAUCGCAAUCUACCAUUGGUAGCGUUAGUGUACCAGACCUCCCUGCAUUGAACACUAAUGCGUUAGAUGAUGAGUACAAUGCAAUGAUCAAGCAUCAGGCCAGUGAUAUAGGCAACCGUGCUUCUGAUGGAACUCAUGGCUUGGUUAAUGACUUUUCCGGAGGAAGAACUCCAAGCGUUUCCUCUAAAAAACACAAAAAAAGAAAAAACAGUAUAGUUUCUGAAAAAACGUUUAAGGAAGACUUUGGAUUUAGG